AUGAGAUAUGGUUCAAUCAAGGCAGUUCCAAUUGUCAGAGGAAAGAUACACAGAUAUCUUGGAAUGACUUUGAAUUUCUUGGUGAAAGGAAAACUCAAGAUCCGCAUGGACAACUAUGUCAAGAACAUGUUGGAAGAUUUUCCUAUCAAGUUCAACAAGGAUUCAAAGCAGGAAACACAAGCUGGUAACGAUUUACUGGAAGCUGGUAAAGGGAAGUUACUCAGUGCUGAGUACCGUCAGAUCUUUCAUACUACUGUUGCAAGGGGACUCUAUGUCUCUAAGAGCUCAAUGAAAUGGAUGAUGGACGCAUCAUUUGCGGUGCAUCCAGAUUUCAAGAGCCAUACUGGCGGCACUUUGUCCUUUGGAGGAGGUGCAGCUCAAGUGAUGUCAAAGAAACAAAAACUAAACAGCAGAAGCAGUACGGAAGCGGAACUGAUUGCUGUUGACGAUGUUGUCAUGAUGAUACUAUGGACGAAAUUGUUCAUGGAGAAGAAAAUCUUGUAUCAGGAUAGCAAAAGCGCAAUUCUACUGGAAGAGAAUGGUUGCAAGAGCGCGGGCAAAAGAAGCCGAGCUAUCAAUAUUCGUUAUUUCUCUAUCACAGAUCAAGUUGAGAAAGGAAAUGUUAAGAUCAAAUACUGUCCAACUGACGAUAUGAUUGCGGAUUUCAUGACAAAGCCAUUGCAAGGUGAGAAGUUUUGCAAGUCCAGGGAUCCACAGGAAUAG